AUGUACUCUAAAGUCGAAGGCUUGCCAGAUGCUCCUAUUACUGAUCCAACCGUUCCUUACCAGGAUGGGACAGCUUUCUUCAUAAAUGGACCACGUAUUCACGAGUACCAUAAGGAAAUGCGUCAAUAUAUGAUUUCUCAAGUCCCAGAAGGCAAAGAAAUUAUGACUGUUGGUGAAGUUGGUAUCGGGAAUGAAAAUGACUUUAAGGACUACACUAAUGCCAAGGAGGGAUAA